CAUUUCAGUCAACCAAAAACACUAUGGCUAAGUUUUUCAUGAACUAUUUUUCCUUCUUCUUCUUCCUCUAUCGACUUGUCUUUAAACCAUCCAAAAACCCCAAAGCUUUCCAUAGAACUGCAAGCAACAUUCAUGCAAACGAAGGCAAAUUAUACCACAAGUACCCAUCUUUUGCUCACAGAGCAAACCUGUCAAAGGACCAAACCCUGCUACUCUUCAACGUAGAAGAUGCAUUAUUGAAGUCGCCAUCUUUGUUCUCUUACUUCAUGCUGGUGGCCUUUGAAGCCGGAGGGCUGUUGAGGGCUUUUGUCCUCAUUCUUUCCUACCCAUUACUACGCCUUGUUGGCGAAGACAUGGGGUUGAAGAUAAUGGUGUUCGUUUGCUUCUUUGGGGUAAAGACGAAGAGUUUCAGGGUUGGGAGUGCUGUUUUGCCCAAGUUUUUUUUAGAGGAUGUGGCGGUGGAAACGCUGGAGGUGUUGAAGAAAGGUGGUAAAAAAGUGGGGUUCAGCAAUGUCCCUCGAGUGAUGAUCGAGAGUUUCUUGAGAGAUUACUUGGACAUUGAUUUUGUUGUUGGGAGGGAGGUGAAGGUGUUUCGUGGGUACUUUUUGGGUGUCAUGGAAGACAAGAAACAGAGCAACGCCGCUUUGGAGACAAUAAUUGGGAGCCAAGGGUUGGGAAUUUGUGAUGUUAUUGGCAUAAGUGGCUUCAAGGGAUCACUUCAAUAUCAUUUGUCUUCUCAUUGCAAGGAAAUUUACCUCGUGAGAAAAGCCGACAAAAGAAGCUGGCAACGCAUAAGGAGAGAUGAAUACCUAAAACCACUCAUUUUCCACGAUGGGAGACUGGCUUUCAUGCCGACCCCAUUAGCCACCCUAGCCAUGUUCAUGUGGCUCCCCUUCGGUAUCACUCUUUCCAUCAUCCGAGCCAUUUCCGGCAUAUUGCUUCCCUACAGGCUUUCAAUCCCCAUAUUAGCCUACACAGGGUUCCGACUCUCCCUCUCUCCCAACCCAUCGCUCCAAAGCUCAAACACACGUAAAACCAGAGGCCGCCUCUACGUUUGCAACCAUAAAACCCUGCUGGACCCACUCUACCUGUCUUUUUCAUUACAAAAGGAUCUCACCGCCGUCACUUACAGCUUGAGCAGGGUGUCGGAGCUGUUAGCCCCGAUCAAGACCGUGAGGUUAGCUAGGGACCGCGAUCAAGACAGCAAAAUGAUGGAAAAGAUGUUGAAUAAAGGGGACCUAGUUGUUUGCCCAGAAGGAACCACGUGUAGGGAGCCUUAUUUGUUGAGGUUCAGCCCUUUGUUCGCUGAGAUGAGCGAUGAUAUAGUUCCCGUUGCAAUGGACUGCCAUGUUAGCAUGUUCUACGGUACCACAGCGGGUGGGCUGAAAUGCUUGGACCCACUUUUCUUCAUCAUGAACCCACGUCCAAGCUACAACGUACGAGUCCUUGAUGGUGUAUAUGGGUUGAGCUCUUUUCUUGGUGGUGGUGAGAGAUCAAGGUUCGAUGUAGCUAACCAUGUGCAGAGUGAGAUUGGGAAGGCACUGGGUUUUGGUUGCACCAGGCUGACCAGAAGAGACAAGUACUUGAUCUUGGCAGGGAACGAAGGAAUAGUUAAUAAAUGCUAACCAAAUUAAUUUGCUCCAACCCGGCUAACAUAGUUUUAACCUUUAUUAUUUGUUUUGAAUUUCAACUACAGAAUAAUUCCUUCCAAAUCCUUAAAUAACUUUAACCAAUAAGUUGAUUAACAUUUACUUUUCUUUUCAUGAAAUAUAGGAAAAAGAAAAAAGGAUUGUAAGUUGUAGCAUAAACAUAUUUUUUGGUUGUAUAUUUAACUUAAUUAAUAGUAGAAAUAUUUUGCACCCUAGAUAGUGCUGUAUUCUUUA